GCGAAGCAGCUUUUCUUCGCUCACAUGUAUGCUAUAUGAGCUUUCAAUUUCGUUGAUUAAGAAAUAAUUCAUUUAGAAAAAAGAAUAGGUGAAUAUUUAUAUGUGAUCGAAGACAUUAUUUAUUAUUAAAAGAUUUUCGAAUGCAUAAUUUUUUUGUGUUUUGUUCUUAGAGUCGAUUUGAAACCUCAUUGUAUUGUUUACAAUACGAAAAUGCUCUAAUUUAAUAAAUUAUGCUAUAAUUUUUAAUCAGCUAUUUCAAAGAUGGAAACUGUGUUAAAAUGCAAAACAGCUUGGGAUGCUGCAAGGACUGACACUGAAAAGUUUGCUGCUCUUAUGAUUAUUGCUAAACUCUUGCGAACAGAAAAUUUAUCGGAGACCGAAAAGAAAGACGUGUUUGAUAUUAUAGGUUUUGAAUUCUUGCAUCGUCUUUGUAACACAGAAGAUGAUUCGAAUGAACCUGUCAGCCCCUUCAAAACAUUAGCUUUUGCAAUACUUUCAUGUUUUUGUUUAAAUACAGAAAUUCUUAAAGAUCCUCAAAUGCUCUUAUUUACCCCAAGUAUAAUGGAUGUUUUGAAAUCCAAUGUUCUUCAGGAUACGGUUAAUGAUGCAAUAGAUGUUGUAGCAGCAAUGAUUAGCAAUAACGAAGCACGAGAUGAGCUAGUAGAGGCUGGCCUAAUGAGUGCUUUGUUAAAUCAGUACAAAAAAAGUAAUGAAGAUAAAAUUCUUGCCAUGAUAGUUAUGGUUAUAUUACAGUCGGAAAAAUGUAAAUCUGAUGAAGUAACAGAAGUGUUGUUGUUGCUUGUUGAAGAAUUUAAAACGGAUGAAACCUUAAAGAAAUUUGAAUUGUGUAAUUAUUUAACAUCUAUUCUGUUGAAACACAGUGAUUGUUUAACUUUGGAGAAUAGUCUCAUUCUUCAAAAAGGACUUAUAAACAUUUUACAAAGUAAAGUUAAAAAACCAUAUAGAGAUUCUGCUUUGAAACUGUCUGGUAUUAUAGUUCAUAAAUUUGGAUCUCAGUGGUUUUCUGAGAAUUCUGAAACUUCAAAACUUUUUUUCACCGUAUUGGUACAAAUCACUAGUGUGGAAGUUUGUAUGUUAUUAGAAACUUUGUCAGUUGAAGAAAUUGGCAAAGAAUUGUUUCUUUUAAGUUCAUGUUAUUGCAUUUUGGAGCGCAUCAUCGGAAUAAUGGUUGAUGAAACCAUGUUUCAAUCUAAUAGACCUCAUACAGAACAAUUCUGUAACUCCAUCAAUAUGUCAUUUAAAGCUAUAGUAGGCUUUUUGAAAAAACUCUCUAAUGAUUGGAAAAGUGAUGGUUCUUUACAAAAAUUACCAAAUUGCGAAGAUGUAAUUGUUGCCACAAUUCGUGUUUUGUGUUGUUGGUUAGCUGAAGAAACUUUUGCUUUGCAAGAGGAAGUACUUGAAAUUUUACCAUUUAUUUUAGAAGUAUGUAAAAAGUCCACAUCAUUACCUUCAUAUUGUAAAGAUUCAUCAGAAUGCAAUGUCCUCCAAUUCUUUAUCCCCCCAUUAUGUCAUCUAACAGCAGAUGAUAAAGCACGAAAAGUGUUACUUGAUAAUGAUUUACUAACAAUACUUUUCAAACACAUGGAACAAUUGUGGAAGACAUACGAAAAGGAAACAUCCUUGACUACAUUAUGUGGAAUAUUUCUAAACAUAGUAGUCUUGGAUUCCAAAUUAGUAUCUGAAACUGAAGAAUUCCUUGUGUUCCUAAAAUUUCUUUUCAGUGCCCUUCCCCAACUGACUCCCAAGAAUGAUAUCUUGCCAUUAAAAGCAAAUUUUGCAGUUUUGGGACUUAUGAUUACUAGACAAUUUUAUAAGAAAGUCAAGUCAUGUGAGACCAGCUUUUAUGGUUUUCUAUCUUCUAGUGUGAAGUUUUUAUGGGAUGCCCACAAUGCUGAAGAUAUAAAUGGAAUGACAUCAUUCUGUAUCACAAGAGAAUAUCGUGAAGUCUGGGGUGAGAUAAUGGAAUUAUGGUUUCUAGGUAUGCAAGCUUUGUCCACUCUUCUUCCACUUAUGCCAUGGAUUGCCGGUUUUCUAGUGGAAAGUGGUUGGCCACAACACAUAAUCUCAUCAUUUGCUAGAGUUGGAGAAAGAGGAUUAGAGGGCAAUAUUAAAUCAACCUAUCAAGCAUUUUUAAGUGCACUUGUAAAAGUUAGUGAUAUGGCAGCUGUUGCCCUCAUCAACUGUGAUUCAAUUAAAGUUUGUCAGAAACAUAAGAUGACUGAACUUGAAAAUUUACUGAUAAAGUCAUUGUAAAAAAUUGGAUAUAAUUUAUUAUUUCUUUUAUAUCUUUUUGUUUUGUCUUAGGAAUAGUGGUUUGAAUCAAGCAUUUUUAAAAUCACCAAUUAUUUGAGAAUCUAACUAUAUAUAAUUGAAAAUUCGCUGUAAAAACAAAAAUAAACAAUAAAAAAAGAACAAUUAUUUAUUUUUGAUCAAAUACAAAAUAUUUAAAACUGAAAAUAAAGUUUUUAAAACCAAUUCAAAUAUCAAAUAUGCUAUUGAGUAGGACAGUUAUCAUUUAUUAUUACACAAAUCAUAAAAUAUUUCUUUUUGUAAUAAAAACUUUAAAUAUUAUCCUUUAUUAAAAAAAUAGAAAAAACAGUUAUGCAAACAAAUAUAAAACUUAAAGGAAAUGAAUUAAUAAAGACAUAUGUAUAUUAUGCAAGAUUCAAUCUACCAGAAUUUUCUAAUAUGUAGAAUAAUUCUAAUAUUUUUGAAUGAUUUAAUAUGAUUUUCAGUAUUUGUGUAUUAGCUGCAUAUCAUAGACAUACAUGGCAUCAUUGUUGAUAACAUGGUAUUUUUGGCUAUUUUUUUUAUGUUGAAUUAUUGAUUCCUAAACAGGGAUUUUAUAUGCCAAAAACUACUUUAUUGAAUUUUUAAAUGCAAAUUUUCCUCCCUUCCUAGAAUCAAUAUAUUAACCAUUUAAUUUCCUAAUAGCAUUCAGAUUUCUUUAGUAUCUAGGAAUAGAAUUACCCCAAUGAAUUAUCAUCAAUUUCAUUGAAUAACUUGGAACUUUUAGAAAUGAGGUUUUAAAGUCAAUAAAAUAUAUUUUUUUUAAAUCGAAACUUUGGAAUUUUAAGAAACUAUAAAUGAAAAUAUGUUAUUGAGCUUGGAAAAGCUGCUCAAGUUACAGAAUUAAUUUAAGUAUAAUAUACUUGUGAAUUGUGAUCUGUUUCAUAUUGUUUAAUUGCAUGGAUUUAUUCCAUUAUUAUGAUUAAAGUUAUAUUUCAUCUUUCUGGAGAGUUUUUUUUUUUUAUUAUUAUUAUGUAUUUUGCCAGUUUUCGAUACUUCUUCAAGGCAUAUUAUACAUUUAUUGAGUCUAUAAAUUUUAUGAAAGUUACCAGAAGUCUGAUUUUCUUACUUCAUAUCACUUGAUGUAGAAAUAUAGCUAAUUUGUAUUGUUUAUAGAUUUAAAAUUUUUACAAUUAUAAUAAUCAUUUGUAUUAAUAAAAAUUCUGUACUUUGAAUAAAAUAGAUUUGAUAUUCCUAAAAAUUGUCUCUUAAAAUGUGUCAGACAAUAAAACCUGUAUCACCUCACUCUUGUUUGUUUGAGGAAGAAACAGAAACUGACAUUUUUUGACUAAAAAGUAUAUAUUUAUAUUCUCUAUUUAUAGAUUAGUGAUAUUUUAAAAAUGUUGAUUUUUUCUUCUUUUUUUAACAAAAGAUAUAAUACACUUAAAUGCAUGAAGUACACAGUUAUAAAAUAUUUAAUUUUAUAUAUUCUUAAAAAUAAUAUAAACAAUUUCCUGCAGGCAUUUUGAAUAUUUUAAGUUUGCAAAUAGUUCAAUCUAUUUGCAAACCUAAAAUAUUCUAUAGUGAAAAUAGACAAUUGGGUGUUAUUAAAUACCAUGACUUCCAGUCUGAAGUUAUAAUAAUUUUGCAAUUUUAAUAUUUUGUUUGAAUUUGUGUA